CUACCUGCUGUUCUCGGAGAUGCUGCUGCAGCGCCCCCUGAGCCGCCACUCUCACCUGCUGAACCCCCCCGGCGCUCACCUGGACUCACCUGUCACUCACGUGGACUCACCUGGAGCCCACCUGGACCCACCCGGAGCCCACCUGGACCCACCCGGAGCUCACCUGGACCCCCCCGGCGCUCACCUGCGCGGCGGCGCCGAGGGGCAGCUGAGCGCGGCGGAGCGGGGCUACAUGCAGAGCAUGGCGGCGCGGCGCUUCCCGCAGGUGCUGCAGGUGCUGCGCGCGCCGCCCCCCCCCAUGCUGCUGGUGUUCCGCAACAUCAACACCGUCCGCAGCGUGCACGCCGCGCUGGGCGCGCCCGCGGACAGGUACGGCAUCAUGGCCCGCAGGUGAGGGACAGGUGUG